AAUUGACGCUUACUUUCCGAAGCGCGUUGUAGUAAUUAUGAUGAACAGUGCUGCCCGUGUUUUUUCUAAUAAAUUUCACAGCCUUCUCUUAAAAUGUCUUCAGAGAAACUGUGCAUCGGUCGCGGGAUUUCCCUCUUUUGUGAAAGUUGUCGAAGUAGGACCAAGAGAUGGCUUACAAAAUGAGAAAGAAAUUAUUCCAACUGAAGUUAAAGUUGAAUUCAUAAACAAACUAUCAUCAAGUGGACUGUCAGUGAUUGAAUGUACAAGUUUUGUUUCACCUAAAUGGGUACCCCAAAUGGCUGAUCACAAUGAUGUUAUGAAGAAAAUAUCUAGGAAUAAGUCUGUUAAAUAUACUGUUCUUACACCAAAUAAACAAGGAUAUAUUUCAGCUAAAGCUGUAAAUUCGGAUGAAGUUGCUGUAUUUGGAACGGCAUCAGAAUCCUUUAGUAGAAAGAAUAUUAAUUGUUCAAUAGACGAAUCUUUGAAAAGGUUCACAGAUGUUGUAGAUUCGGCUAAAUCUGAUAAUAUACCGGUGAGGGGAUAUGUGUCUUGCGUUGUUGGUUGUCCAUACGAGGGUUUCAUUGAACCAGUUAAAGUUGCUGAAGUUGCUGAAAAAAUGUUCCAGAUGGGAUGUUACGAAAUAUCUCUUGGUGACACUACUGGAAUUGGAACACCGCAAAGAUUCAAAGACAUGUUGAAAGCUGUUAGCCAAAGAGUACCUAUUGAAAGACUAGCAGUUCAUUGCCAUGAUACAUACGGGCAAGCUAUCGCUAAUAUUUUUGCUGCCCUGCAGAUGGGUGUUAGCGUGGUUGAUAGUUCAGUUUCCGGUUUAGGAGGAUGCCCGUACGCAAAAGGUGCCAGCGGAAAUGUAUCGACUGAAGAUGUUAUCUAUCUAUUGAAUGGCUUAGGCCUAAAACACUCGGAGGUAAAUGAAUUGUCAGAGGAAAGAUUAACAGAAUUUAAAGAAGCGUUUAUGCUAUUCGAUAAAGAUAAGGACGGAGUUGUUUCUAUGAAAGAGUUAGGUAGUGUUAUGAGAUUAUUAGGCCAAAAUCCAACAGAGGCCGAGCUUCAGGACAUGAUGAACGAAAUUGACGCAGACGGGAAUGGAGCUAUCGAUUUUGAAGAAUUUCUUGAAAUGCUCACAAAAAAAAUGACAGAAAGUAGCGAAGAAGAUGAAAUAAAAGAAGCUUUUAAAGUAUUUGAUAAAAAUUCUGAUGGUGUUAUAUCCUUUGACGAAUUACGUCACGUACUUAUAAAUUUAGGCGAAAAUAUUAAAGACGAUGACGUAGCCGAAAUAAUUAAGGCUGUCAUUACGUCCGAUGACGAUAUUAGUGAAGGUAUUCGCUAUGAAGAUUUCAGGCGGAUGGUCAAAUCUGGCGAUCAACAGUUACGAUGUACUGAAAAUUCAAAUUGCUCAUCCAUAUUUUUCUUUAAUAUUUCAUAUAAUAAUUUUGGUCGUGUACCCCCAUUAAAACCAUUUGACAAUAUCAUCAUUUUAUCUUUGGCUAAUUGUAGUAUUAAAAGAAUUGAUAGGAAUGUAACAUUCCCAAAUAAAUUAAGAAAACUAUAUCUUGAUCGUAAUCCUCUAUUGUCGUUAUCUUAUCAACCAUUUUUAAAGCUUGGACUAUUGCAAACAAUGACGUUGAGACAAGUUUUAUCGAUAACUGACAAGUUGGAAUAUAAACCAAGAAAAAGUUAUCAUAAAAUAUUGGAUGAUGUCACAAAGAUUUGCUUCGAGUUGUAUAGAAAUUUCAAAAAUUCCCCCGUUCAGUAUAAAUUACGGAUUGAUUUAAGAAUGAAUGGCUUAAAUGGAUUUUGGUCCUCAAUCCAUAAUUUAAUAGAUAGUACAAGAACGUCGAAAUUCGGAAUUGAAUUAAUGGUUGAUGAAACUUUUAGGUAUACAGCUAAACGCUGGAAUAAUACUGAUAAGAGUAUAAACUUCAUCUCGGAACAAUCAAGAAGAUGUCCUUCUAAUUCUAAAGUUCACUUGAAAAUUAAUUAUUACGAACCAGUUGAUGAGAACGCGGUUUUUAAAUGUAAAGCUACUGGCUGCUUAGCUACAGAUCCCGAAAUUUGGACGCAAAUUCAAGUUGAGAGUAAUAAAUACAUAAACAGGAUUGCUUGUAACUUUGAUCGUAAUAUAUCAAUGCUAAAGUCAGAUAGUCUAGAAAUCAUAAGGACAGCAUCGUCGUCAGCCUUAACGUCGAUUUUGGCUCAUAGUCCCAAUUAUGAGAAUGAUGGACAAACUUGUCCAAGAUCCACUACUGAUUGUUUUACUACAGCUGAGUACAUUUAUACCCUUUGCCAAUCAAGACAAUCUUGUUCUAUAGAGACAAAUGCUCAAAUGUCUGUUGCACUCCGUGAUUGUAAACCUAAGAUUACGUCUAGUAAUUAUUUGUAUAUUGAAUACGAUUGUGAGGAUGGUAAUUCUAAUGAGCAGGUUGGACUAUGCUCAAAUUCAUUAAACCAAUUAUCCAGCGGAGACUUAGUUGGUAACGAUUGGCCAAAUAAUACAAAAUCUGAGAAGCACUCUUGUUCCUGCAGUAUAUACCCGCCGUCUUCUUCAAAAGUAAAUCUCUUCUCUGUUCAUACUUCGUUAAAAGGUACUGUUGAAUGCGAAGAAGAGUUAAUAAUUAAAAGAGAUAAUCAAGAAGUGAUUAAAGCCUGCUCCGGAGCGGGCGGUGAUCCCUAUCAAAUAUUUAGCUCUUUCUUAAUGAGAAAUUCAUCAGGAGUCAUGACCGUUCAACUAACUAGAAAAUUUCAAGCGACUAUCGAUACUGGUCGUGUUUGGUUAGAGUUUUCCACUUCCGACAAUGAACGGGCAACAAUAUUAUGUGGAUCCGCUCAAUUUCCUACUACUGUGUCGGAACAUACUACUGAACCUAUCACGCAGAGUAGCGCUGCAAGUACAGCAUCAGAAAAAACAAGUCUUGGCACUCAUCUGGAAACGGGAACAAUUUUCUCGUCUACAUCAGAAGGUCUAGUGACUUCUGUGACGCAAACUUUGAUGUUUAUAAAUAGCUCAACUAUUGUAGCUGAAAAUGACGAGUUUCAAUUAAAGAAGGAAAAUAGUAGCUUAUCCAUAGGUGGAAUUCUUUCCGGUAUCCUUACAAUAUUGGGGUUUUGCCUAAUCUUGACCAUAAUGGCUUUUCUAGCAUAUUUAAAUGGUAGAAAUGUACUCAAAUAUAAUGAGAUGAAGUAA